CUCUGCAGAUUCCAUGGCGAACGGCCCACGCACUCACUCUGUAUUUUUCCCCUUCUCUCUCUCUCUCUCUCACACUCUCUCUAUUUUUACGGACUUUCCUUUUACCCAAGGAGAAAUAACACACUUCGUAUUUAAGUACGCGACACGAGAAAAAAGACGCUCUUCCCGCCCAUAGCCACUCGAAAAUUUCCCUCUCCUCUCUCUCUACAUUGCCCCCAUUUCUAGGUUUUCCUCUUCUGCAACUUCUCCCCCUUUAUCCAGGUUCAGCAUGACCUGGAUCACCAGUUAUUCCAUGGAUUAUGCUUCUUCUGUACCACAUUUGUUCAUCUUUAGUGUUUCUCCUCCUGCAACUUCUCUUUAAUUUCAGAGUUUCUGCUUCAGCGACUAUCUUCUCGAUGUUCACGCUUACGGCACUGGAGAUCCGCGAUAUUUCAUUAUCCAUGUCCUGCAUCUGCGACUUUCUCUCGGUUCUAGCGUCCUGGCUCUCAAUGCCUCCGGUUUCCUCUAAUUUUAGGGUUUCCUUUAACUUGUAGUAUUUAUUCUCUCGUGCAUGUAAUCUGCUGUAAUUUUUAGGGUCUUGGCUCCUGCUUCUGGGACAUUUAUGAAAUUUCAGGGUUUGGGUUUGUGAUCUGAUUGUGUACAGUUGAUCAUUCAUUGAUUUCUGGUUUGAGAGAAGGAUGCACUGCCUGUCUUUGGCAGUGCAUCAUGGACACGCCAGAGAAGUGCCGAGACUUGGAGGCUUCUGCAUCAGUUGAGGGUUCUCCUCUGUUUACCUUUCUAUGCAAUCUAUCCCCCAUCAAGCCGGUUAGGUCUGUACAUUCGCUUACUCUCCCUUUCCCUUCAGCAGUGUUCACUUCUCCGCGCAUUAGUUCCCUGACAGAGUCCAGCUUACGAAGGCAUCGGUUCUCAGAUGUCACGAAAGUUGAAAGGUGCUCUAUCAACGAAGAUGGAGAGAGCAAGAGAGAAGAUUUAGGAGUUAUAGAUGCUGAUCAUUCUUCUGUUACUGAAGCUUCUCGCGAAGUUAUGUGCUACGAGGUUCUUCAUGCUUCUGUCCAUGAAAACAGCAACACUAAGAGUUCAUCAAUUUUUACCUCAUGUAGCCCAUCAAAAUAUGUUAGUGAGUACCUCGUUAAUUCCUCAGAAGAGGGUAUUGACAAUGUUGAUUCUCCUGAUGUGAAUUCUCGUCUGACUGGCAAGCUCCCACAAAAUUUACAAGAUAUCAGUCUCAAGGAAAUGGGUACUUCACAUUACAAUAUCGAAGCAGGCGAGUCUAAUAAGGAUGCUACCCCAAAACCAGUUGUGCAAUUUUUGGAUACAAGUUGUGAGAAUCCACAGGAAACACUAAGAGAGGGCAUGGAUUCCACUGGAAUGCAGCAGCAAGAAGUUAAGGUCGAAAAGACAAGUGUAACUCUGCUUGAGGAAAAGACUGAUGAUGUCGCUCAAUGCAUUUGGGUAAAUUCAGAUGCUGACCCUGUGGAUGAUUUAUAUGUGACUGAUGCGUAUAUGGGACUACAAUCAUGCAUAAGGCCAGAUGAACGGUCAAUGGACCAAAAGGCAGCUGGGUCGAAUUUGGUUUUAUUGGAUCCUCAACAGAAAACUGUGAAUGAGUGGUCAAAUUUGCAAUCUAUUGGACCUGUAAGUUGUUUCCAACACGAAGGGCAUGAUCCGGCUCCUCAAUUUGGCGGCAGUGUGGAAUUGAGUAAUCUGAAUCACACACCUCAUCUGGGUUCUAACACUGCCCAGCAACUGCCAGCUAGCAGUAAUCUAAGUGACAAAACAGAUGUCAGAUCCAUAUGUCCACCUAAGCACUGGAUUCCAUUUAGUUUGAAGGGUGGCAAUCUCCACCACCGUGGCAUGCUAAGGCGAUGCCUUGAUUUUGAGGCAGCAGUAGCUCAUAGAAAGAACAUUGAAGGCAAUAACACUGGGAAGCCUGCAUCUGGUCCUCCUGAGUCAGAAUCUCAGGCUCUCACUCCUGAUAACUCCAAUCUCAAUAUUUCAGACUCCACCCACUCUGCAUCUGUUUUGGCUUCUGAUGACAAGCAACUGCUUCCUUCCAAAGCUGAACUUAGUUUACAACGUCCAUCAUCAGUGACAGUUAUGCCGUCUGGUAUUGGUUUGCAUUUGAAUAGCCUUACAAGUAAAUCAGAGAGCAGUAAAAUGGAGAAAGUGAAACAGGAGACUCUGGUUCCUAGUAGCUGGCCUAUCACCACGGCGAGCUCUGCUGGUCCUUUUCAUUCUAUGAAAAUUGGGCCCAGAUUUCUGAGUACAACUUUGCCUGUGAAGCAGAGUGAGAGGGAACUGGAACGUGCCAACAAAUCCUUGGCUGUUCAAGAUGGUCCCCAGGCGCCUGGAACUGACCUUGGUGAAGAGUUUAAUCAAAGUAGUCCGAGAAAGAGGAGGAAGAGACUAUCGAGCUCGUUAGAUGGGGAGGGCUGCAAGCGAUGUAACUGUAAGAAGUCUAAGUGCUUGAAGCUUUAUUGUGAUUGUUUUGCUGCUGGAGUCUACUGUAUUGAAUCUUGUUCAUGUAAAGAGUGCUUAAACAAGCCUGAGAAUGUAGAUGUAGUGCUUGAGACACGGCAACAGAUAGAAUCUCGCAACCCACUAGCUUUUGCGCCCAAGAUUGUCAAAGUUGUUGAGGCUGCUCCUGACCCUGGGGAUGAAGCAAAUAAGACUCCUGCUUCUGCUCGACACAAGCGAGGUUGCAACUGUAAGAAGUCUAUGUGUCUCAAGAAAUACUGCGAAUGCUAUCAGGCCCGUGUUGGAUGUUCCGAUGGCUGCAGAUGUGUAGGGUGCAAGAACACAUUUGGGGUGAAAGAAGGAUCUGAGAGUUUGGUAAAUAGAGGGAGUGAAGGGGAAGUAGAAGAAACUGAAUCUUGUGAAAAUGACGGAGGGGAUGAAAAGCUGCAAUUAGUGGAAUUCUCACAAGAGGAACGACAGUCCUUGGAAAACACACCUCCAAUAACACCCUCAUUUCCAUAUGGCGGGCUGCCUCCCAAUGUGCAUUUCACCCAAGAGAAGCACCUCUACUCCUCAGACUCCCGCUUCCUUGCCCUAAGAAAGCUUGUCGGAUCUUCUCACAUUUCCAGCAAUGCACCCCUCACAAACCCCGAAUUUUGCCAGCGCCACCAGGUAGUGUGCCAAAAGAGCUUGCAAAAAGUUCCUGAAGAAGAUGACACACCUGAAAUAUUAAGGGGCCAAGGUUCACCAGAACGAAGUGUAAAAUCCUCCUCUCCAAACCAAAAGAGAGUCUCACCUCCUCAAAAGCAGUUUUCACCAUCACCUUGCCUGAAAAGUGGUCGAAAACUUGUUCUUCGAGCCAUUUCAACUAAUGUAGCCAUCACAUCUCACGCCGACUUCUCAUCAAAACUUGUCCAAUCUGAUGCGGCUUCUAAUUAAAUGAGGGGUAAGGUUUAUUUUAUUCCACGAAUGAGUGGGAUUGUUGGUUACCUGAAUUAUCUCCAUAAGUUUAAGGUGGGGUUGCUUUUCCUUUUUCUAUGUUUGUAAUUGCUAUUUUUAUUUGUAUGUGUAACGUAAUGGUAGAACUUUAGUGAAACUGCAGAGGAUUUGUAUUUAACUGCACUUUGCCGAUUCACAUGCUUAUGUAAAGAAGCUGUUUAUCCAUUAAAGUUUCCGUUCUUUU